GAACUUUAGAACAAUCGCCGCUGACCAACAUUUUAGCAGAAUGUGUGGACUCCUCGGCAUGUCCGAAGCAAAGUUCAAUUGCCAAGUUCUAAAGGGGCAGCCGGUUCCCCAGAGCCAGAGUCUGCCAUGAGCCGUCUCCUGGAGAAGCCCAACAUCGCCAUGUCCAUCAAGUCAACGGGUAGUCAGCUCUCGAGCACGGUGGCCACCACAGCUGCAGGGACAUCACCAUCCUCAGACGUGGAUGAUGCGGACACAUUGCGCACUCAUUCACUACCAACAGCAGCAGCAGCAGCAGUGUCCGCAGCAGAAGUAGCCAAUACCACACCCGCCAUCUCAGUCACGCCUAUCCGCCACAAAAUCGACCAGGUCGUGAUCAGCCUGGUUUCUGGAGCGGCGGCGGGAGCAUUGGCCAAGACAGUCAUCGCCCCGCUGGACCGCACCAAGAUUAACUUCCAGAUCCGCAACGAUAUUCCCUUCUCAUUUCGCGCAUCACUGCGCUACCUGCAGAAUACCUAUGAAAAGGAGGGCGUCCUGGCCCUGUGGCGAGGGAACUCGGCCACCAUGGCCAGGAUUGUGCCCUAUGCCGCCAUUCAGUUCACGGCACACGAGCAGUGGCGUCGCAUUCUUCAUGUGGACAAGGAUGGAUCCAACACUAAGGGUCGUCGCUUCCUGGCCGGUUCGUUGGCAGGCAUCACCUCACAGUCGCUGACGUAUCCUCUGGAUUUGGCUCGCGCCCGCAUGGCUGUCACGGAUCGGUACACCGGCUAUCGAACGCUGCGUCAGGUCUUUACCAACAUCUGGGUGGAGGAGGGGCCACGAACCUUGUAUCGCGGCUACUGGGCCACUGUCCUUGGUGUGAUUCCAUAUGCGGGAACUUCCUUCUUUACGUAUGAGACGCUCAAACGGGAGUACUAUGAAAUGGUUGGCAGCAAUAAACCCAAUACUCUAGUCUCGCUGGUUUUCGGGGCUGCGGCUGGUGCGGCUGGUCAAACGGCCAGUUAUCCGCUGGACAUUGUGCGACGAAGAAUGCAGACGAUGCGAGUAAACACGGCCAGCGGAGAUCGCUAUCCCACUAUCCUGGAAACCCUCGUAAAGAUCUAUCGCGAGGAGGGCAUUAAGAACGGCUUCUACAAGGGCCUUAGCAUGAACUGGAUCAAGGGUCCCAUUGCUGUAGGCAUUAGUUUCUCCACCUACGAUCUAAUUAAAGCCUGGUUAAUGGAGCUGUCGCACCUAAAACGCGGCCGGGUCGAGCACUAGCCCAUGUCCAAAAACCACCCAGUCCCAUCCGCCACAAAACACACCAAAAACGCACUGCUUUGUUCUUAAGUCUCAUCAUAAUCGAUGGAGGAGCUGUAAAGCUGGAAAGGAGGAGUGCAUUACAGACGACAUGCUCUAAUUGUUAGAUAUUUUUUAGACGUUAGUUGUGAGAGAAGAAAGGCGAAAAGAGAAGAAUGCACCCGGAAGCGCUUACCUUUUGUUAUUAACCAUAAUGGAUUUAUUAUCGCUUUAAGCCGAAAGUAUAUCAGCCAAUAAAAUAUUUUGGACUCGCCACUACUCCCAGGAUCCCAACUCCGCGGGCUCCACUUCGUUUUCAAUGGCGAUAUUUGGACAAUAACUUAACCCUUUUACUACGCCACUCGUUUACUCUUAGAAUAAUGAAUUAAUUGAACAUUUUGUAUAUUGUGUAUGUUUGCUUCCCCCCUCAAUGUCAAUAUGCCUUGAUUGUAAAAAUUGCCAUGAAUUUAUGGGUGUUCACCAGCGAAAUCAUCUUAUGCAUAUACUACUGUAAUUAUUGUAUGUUAGUGUGUUUUUUAUUAUUAAAAUAAAUUUACAAAAUUGUUUAAA